AUGAAUAAAUCACAACUCUUUCUUGACCAGUUGCCCAAGCAAUUGAAAGAGAAGGUGGAGCACGUUUGCAAAACUACUCCAGAAGCUCUACCUAUAUUCCAACUCGUUUACGAGUGUGGCCAGGAGAGAGAUGAAACCAAGAGAAAGACAUUUCGCAUUGAACAAAUAAAUGUGGUUGACGAGGAAAAUGUAAUAUUCGAACUUAAUGAUAUCACUUUUCUAUCGCCAGUAAGGAAGAAGCUCAACUUUGUUAUUUCACUAGGUACUGACAGGAAACCGAUACUAAUGUUCAGUAAAGACAAGACUCCAGAAUUUCUCCUAAGGAAUUUAAGCACUAGUGUGAAAUAUGCAACGUUUUUGCCAUUUCCAGAGAAGAACAACUUGAUGUACCUAUUUAUUUAUUAUAGCGAUUGCGAUGGUGCGAUCGCAGACCCAAUAUUGCUCACUAUGAACAAAGAGAUUAUUCUUAAACAGUUUAAAGAAAAAGGACUGGUGGUUCAAGAUUCCACAGAUUUUAGUAAAUGUAUUGAAUAUAUGAGGAAACAAGCUAUAUUGACAGGAUUCAGAAUCGCUGAUCCCUUUUCAAAUAACCAAAGCCCAUCAGCUUUCCAUGUUGAAUGUCACAGAGGAACCAAAGAGGGUACACUAUAUUUUCUUCCAGAUCAUAUCAUAUUCGGUUUUAAGAAGCCAGUUCUCGUAUUUGAAUCAAACGAAAUUGAAUCAAUAACAUACUCGUCCAUAACAAGGCUAACUUUCAAUGUGACGUUAAUUACCAAGAAGCAGGAAAAGUAUGAGUUCUCAAUGAUUGAUCAGCUAGAAUAUUCUAAUAUUGACGACUAUGUUAAAAGAAACAAGGUGAAGGAUAAAUCCAUGAGUGAUGAGUUAAAAGCGAAACCAAUGACAAAGGCCCAACAAAUUGGGGAACAAUCUGCCUUGAAAGAAGCUGCACAACAAAUGAAGGAACAAGCAACUAUAAGUGAUGUACCCUUGAAUUCAGAUGACGAGGAAGCGGAUGGUAACUUUGAAAGCGAUGAGGAUUCCUCCAAUGUCAGUGAUUCUGAUUCUGGUGAUGAUGCUGAUGAUGCCGAAGAAAGUGAUGCGGAUUCUAUGGACUUGGAACGUGAAGAGCCGCUAAAUGUUCCUAAACCUGACAGCCACACACAAAGAGAUUCUCAUACGAAUGGUGUGGUGCCUCAAGAUAUUCAAAUGAUAUUUGAAGACGACAACGAAGAUGAAGAAGAUGAAGAUUCUGGAGUAGAAUACGACUAA